AUGGGAAAAAUUGGCAAGUUUUUUGGAAAUCCGGGUUCCCGGCCAAGCGUUUCGCAACGGGCGCCAAUGGCUGGAGAAAACCACGCUGCGGCACCGGCUCCUGGGAAGAAAACCGAAAAUGACGACGUGGCGACACUGGAAUGGAGCAGUGACGAAAGCUCUGUUGGCGAGAUGGGAGACGUAAACAUCACCAAAAAAGGUCAGAUCACCACCAGCCAUGGCUUCACAGGCCUGGAAAAAGAUCUCUCGGAUCGCACCCUGGAUAAAGUUGUGAGAUACGCGGGUACUCAAAUUGUGUUUUUCUUGAUGUGGGUGGUCCUAGUGAUAUGGAUUGUGAUUGGUAUCGUCUACAAAGCCCCCGAGAACUGGCAGGUGGUCAUGCAAGAUGGUCAGUCUUUGCAAUGCUACUUUUGGGACACAUUGCUGAUGAGACAGCAACUUAACAGUGCACAUGAGCACAUCAAUGUGUGCGCUCUUCUAAGGUCUCGGAUCAAAACCUUCAAAACACUUUCGCUAAACAGGCCAUCGAGCCUGGGGAGUGAGAAAUCACAAAAUGGUGCCGCAGCAGCAUCCUACGAGGUGGAUUCUUCCUUCCAUCCAGGGGACGGUGACUUGCCCAUCGAGAGCUGGUACGACAGACUUUCAACACAUGCAGGAAAAAUCAUUGGAUCAUUGCCUGCAAUUAUCAUUUUCUGGAUCGGUAUUUUUGUUUGGAUCGGCUGCGGCGCUUUACCUCUGUCUACCGGGAACACACCCCCCUUCACUGGUAAGCUUGAAGGUAGCAAUCCUGAGUACAAAAAGUUUAGCGAUCUUUGGCAACUCUGCAUUAACACCGCCACGGCUGUGACGUUACUCAUUUGCACAAUGUUUCUUCAAAAUAUUAGAGCAAGGCAUGACAAAUACAUCACCAAACUUCUCUCUGCAGUAUUUGAUGUAGACAUUGAAAUUGAGGAGCAUCUCAGAUCAGAGUGCGGAGAUUUCACAACGCCAAAUGAAAUUAUAACCAUUCACAAGAUAGAGAGAUCUGCCGGCGAAAAGAUGAUUGACUGGUAUGCUGAUGUCAUUGGCACUGGUAUUGGAAUCUGUAUUGCCAUAGCAGCUGUUGGUGCAUGGAUAGGUGUGGGUUCAACGAUGCACUGGAACUCGAACUGGUGGCUCAUUAUCGGCACAUAUACUGGUUUAAUAGGGUUCUUGGACGGGUUUGUGUUGAGACAAGUAUACUUCCGGAUUGUCAGCCAUGAGCAGGAUAAUUAUUCCGCCGUAGCCCAGGACGAUGCCGAAUUAUUUGAAGUACUUGGAAUUCAUUGUCCAGAUGAAUUGUUUGUUGACCACGAAAGUAAGGCCAAGAAAACUGUUUCCUUCAAAAUAUCAGAUUUCAUCAACAGAAUUUGCUCUUCACAGUGGAGUGUGUUAGUCUCGGUUAUCAUUAUUUUGGCUUUGAUCAUUAUAGCAUCAGUGUUACACUGGAGCACUACAGGUCAACUUAUUGCGAACACCCCGACUAUGAUUAUUGAAGAAUUCUUUUUGAUCGUCCUCAUCCAAGCUCACAACUGGGCUGACAAGAGACGGCGUGUUGAUAUUUCUACACUUUACGCCAGAAGAUGUUUACUCCGCUCUCACUUUAAAGGAAAACAAAUUGAGUAA